AUGUCAAUUGUACUUCGCUCUCCGGAAGGAGACCAUUUGGACCCAUUGAAUAGAAUCGAAACUAUCGAGGCAGGAGACCAUGAUUCGCCCGCAUUAUCCACCAAAGAACAGCUUCGGGAAAUAUGGGCCGAGAUACUCCAGGACGAGCCCUCAAGCUUCGCAGACGAGGAUGUCUUCUUCGAAGUCGGAGGGGACUCUAUAUCGGCUCAAAAGCUGAUAACCGCAGCGAAAGGGCUUGGCAUCAUCCUUACUAUGGAGCAGCUCUUCGUCCAUGCCUCUAUAGAGGAGAUGGCGGAGGUAGCCAGCCUAAUACCAUUCAAAGAAAUAGAAACAAAUGCCGCACCAUUCUCUUCCUUGAGCCACCUAACACCCUUACAAGAUAUUAAGGCAUCAAUUGCCGAGAUAUGCAAUGUAUCUGAAGAUAAGAUUGAAAAUGCCUACCCUUGCAGUCCGAUGCAAAAGUCCCUCGCGGGAAGCGACCAGAACUCGUAUGUCAGACAAUUCGUUUUCAAAAUGACCGAUGAUACCCCCUUGGAUGCUUUUUGGCGUGCUUGGGAAGAAACAGUGCAGGAGAAUCCGAUAUUGCGUACGCGCAUCUGUCAUCUGGGGAAUAGACUCGGAUAUGUGCAGGCAAUUCUCGACGAGGAGCCAAGACUAAACAUCAACAACACCGGCCUACAUGAGUUUCUACAGCAAGACGCGAGUAGUGUCAUGGCCCCAGGCGAUCCAUAUAGCCGAUACGCAAUUGUCGUAGAUCGGCAUGGCGAAAAAGUAGGGCGAUAUUUCGUGUGGACUAUCCAUCACGCUGUGUGCGACGGAGCCUCGCUUCCCCUAUUACUCGACGAAGUGUCUAUGCGAUUCCGAGCCGAGCCGACCCCGGAACGUCCAUCUUUCGAUUCAUUCAUACAGGCCAUCAACGCAUUACCAUAUGAGCAAGAAGAGAAAUAUUGGAAGGCGGCUUUGGCCGAUAGUCAUCCUGCUCCGUAUCCGCAUCCACCUCAGUCGACCGAUGUGAAGGCUAGUCAAAGGUCUACACUAGAGCGUCCACUUGACUUAGGAGACCCUUCAGCCUUCGGUGUAACAAAAGCCCUCUUUAUGCGGGCUGCAUGGGCCAUUCUGCUUUCUCAUUAUACCGGUACUGAAGACGUUGGAUUUGGCGUCAUCAACAAUGGAAGAACAUCAUCAAUACCCGGAGUACCCCACAUGACUGGGCCAACUAUCAAUCUUGUUCCCAUAAACCUCCGCAUCGACCCCGAAGAGACCAUCGCUUCAUUCCUUGCCCGAGUUCGAGUGCAAGCAGGUGAGAUGACGCCGUUCGAGCAUUCGGGUAUUGCCAAGAUUCGAACCUAUCUGGCCCGAGGAGACUCUGCUGCAUUCGACUUCCAAACUCUGCUCGUUGUCCAUCCUCAAAGUUUCUCGGAUGCUAUUUCUUCUUCGACUCAGACCCUGGGGCUCCAGUACAUUGAAGAGGUUGGGAAGAAGGAGGAACAUCCUUACCCACUCGUCCUGAGCUUCACAUUGUCGCCUGGAAACACGACAACACUCCGUGUCGAGCACGAUGAAGGAAUUGUCACGAAGCAGCAGGCCCAAAACCUGGUUUUCCAUUUGCAGGCAAUUCUCGCGCAUCUGAACCACGCAACCCGCGAUACAGCGCUAAGUUCCAUUUCACCAUUUAGCCAGCAAGACAUGGCUCAGAUCCGCGAAUGGAAUCCCUUCACUCAUCCGACCGAAGAGACUUACAUCCACCACCUUUUUCAAAAACAAGUUUUCAAGCAACCAAAUGCUGUUGCUGUGUACUCUCAGAAGCGGUCUCUGACGUAUCUCGAUGUUGAUAAUUACUCGUCAUCGCUGGCCGCACAACUUUUAGAACGUGGUGUCCGAUCUGGCGCCUUCGUAGGUGUAUGUUUUGAAAAGUCCAUCUGGACCGUUGUCGCUAUUUUGGCCGUUUUCAAGGCAGGUGGGGUUUAUGUACCCAUUGAUCCCGAUCAUCCUCGAGCUCGGAUUGAAGAGGUGGUUAGAAUGGCCGGAAUAGAGAUCUCGGUAGCAUCUAAUCUCGGCGCUGACGUAUUGAAUGAAUUAAGCCCAGAGGUCGUGAAACUCUCAGACGAGCACUGUCCUAGUACUCAGUUCCCAGUUACCCCGCCAUCAAAAGCUUUGCCAUCCAGCAUUGCAUAUCUUCAAUUCACAUCUGGGAGCACUGGCAAGCCAAAAGGAAUUCUCAUACCCCACUCCGCAAUCUGUACGUCAAUCAAGCACCACGGCGAGGCAUUCGGGGCCAAUCCUGAAUGGAGGACGCUUCAAUUCUGUUCCCACACCUUCGACAUAUCCGUUGCCGAGUUCUUCACAACACUUGCUUUCGGAGGCUGUAUAUGCAUACCGACGGACCACGACAGAUUAAACAACUUAGCCGGAGCUAUUAGGGAGUUAAAAGCCAACACGCUUCUGUGCGUACCUACGAUCGCCAACCUUCUCUACCCGCAAGAUGUGCCAGGUCUCAAGACAAUAGUCCUGGGUGGGGAGCCUAUCACGAAGAAGACCAUAACUAGAUGGGCCGAUUAUGUCGACUUAACAGCGGGAUAUGGUCCCUCGGAGACAGCUGUGUAUAGCUCGGGCAAUCUUUGUAUCUCAACGGAGGCCCAUCCAGCCAACAUCGGCCGUAGUAUCGGAGCCAAUAUGUGGGUUGUUGGUCGCGACAAUCCCAACGAGUUAUGUGCAAUCGGAUGCGUGGGAGAGAUUGCCAUCUCCGGUCCUUUGAUAGGAGGCGGUUACUUCAACGACAGAGCCGCCACCGAAGCAGCCUUCGUCCCCGCACCUGACUGGCUCAAGGCAGAUAAAACAUUUCCCCACACACAGUUAUAUAGGACUGGCGACCUAGCCAGGAACAACCCAGAUGGUACCUUUCACAUAAUCGGCCGAAAAGACACCCAAGUUAAGCUGCGGGGAUUCCGAAUUGAGCUUGGCGAAAUCGAAAACCAAAUUAUGGCAACUGGCGCAGUAUCGGCAUCGGUCGCUGUGCUCCCAGCAGCUGGCCCUUGCGCUCGACAGCUCGUCGCGAUCGUGAGCUGCAAGUCGUCUGAGGUGUCAUACCAUAGCAGUUCCAGCAUAACGAUAUCGAAAAAUAAUUCUCAACUAGAAAAGAUCAAGCAGCAUUUAUUCCUCGUUCUUCCCAGCUACAUGAUACCCACUGUUUGGAUUUGCCUAGAGGAGAUGCCGCAACUGAUUUCAGGCAAGAUUGACCGUAAAGCAAUUAAGCAAUGGAUUCAAUCCAUGCCACAUAGUACUUAUAACGAUCUAAUGGGGAACGACCCUAUAGAGGAGAAUAUCGAAAUUGGCCCAGGGUCAUUAGCCGACAAGUUACGGGAGCUCUGGAGCGAAACCCUCGACAUUCCGAAAGAAGCCUUAGGGAUGAAUACUCUCUUCUUCGCUAGCGGAGGUGAUUCUAUAUCCGCUAUGCAGAUUGUUUCCCGGGCUAGGGAAAUCGGCUUAGUUGUUACAGUGCGCGGUAUCAUGAGCGCAAAGACUCUCGGCGGUCUGGUAGCCUUCGUUAGGAACAGCCAAGAUGCCGGCAUCGAUAUGGACGUGGACAAGAGACAUGAUACUUACUGGACGAGUGAUAUUAUCCGACCUUACGAGGAGAUGCUUGCAUCACGUCUAAGAGGUAGACCCUCUUUACAGGUCGAAGAUGCCUAUCCGACGAGCCCAUUUGCGCGCGAGAUCAUGAAACAGCGGCUCAUAAACCCACACGUCUUCAUCCUUUCAUGGCAGAUGGAGAUAUUCUCCCUUGCAUCUGAGCCUAUCUCAUUAAAAAGGUUGGCUCGGGCGUGGAGACGCGUCAUUCAGAAGUAUCCCGUCCUCCGAAGCAUCUAUUUGCGAGAUGACACGGGGGAAUUACCCCUUCUACAGGUAGUUCUAUCAGCCGAUGCUGCGUCAGAAGCUACCGUAGUUAUCUCUUCAGCAGAAGCCGAGGAUGAUGAACCGACAUUCGACUUAGUCGGAACACCGUCUGUAGACGAGUGUUUCAUUCCUCAUCGGGCCCAUUUCGUCCGACACGGAGAUCGAUAUUACAUCCAUAUCGAACUGGAUCACCAGGUUAUUGAUGGAUGGUCGCUAAGGCUGAUUAAAUUGUCCCUUCUAGAAGCAUAUGAGAACGAUGAAAAUUAUAAGUCGGACGUACCGCCGCCGUAUAAAGCUAUCAUAGCUGCCCGAACUCCAAGUCGUAUCGAGGAUGACGACCAAUAUUGGGCUUCGGUCCUCGCCAACCGAGUACCCUCUAUAUUAUCCUUACCUGUGAGCUCAAGGGAGCCUAUAGCACGUCCAAGUCCGAGAAAGACUGUCAUCUACUUGCCUGAGAUCAAAGCCCAAGCUAUCAGCGCUUUCGGUACGGCGCACGGGAUUACCUCUGCCAGCCUCAUCGACGCAGCUUGGGCGCAGACGCUCAGCACCUUCACGGGCGCUUCGGAUGUGUCGUUCGAAUACAUCACAUCGGGGCGGAACGAAGACGUUCCCGACGUUUUCGAUAUUGUCGGUCUAUUGAUCAACGCUGUGCCUUACCAUUUAAGUAAUGUUUCGACAGGGGGUAACGCGCUAGAUCUAGCAAGACUCGCUCAGCUAAUGCAGGAACAGAGGAACGAGAAUAGUAUGCAUGACACCAGCAAUGUGCGCGAUGUCGUGCAGAAACAAUUGAAGGUGGGGAGACUAUGGAACACGGCGGUAAAUUUCCAGCGACGUCCUUCAGCGGUAUCUACUGCUACGCUGAAGGUGGAGGAUUUGCUGAGAAAAUCGGUCGAUCCAUGGCAUUUCGAUGUUUUAGUUAGAGCGUUACACAUCACAGACGAUGCCACGAUUCGCCCAUCUUUCGAAUUCGAUGCUCAAGUCUUCGACCAGGAUAGAAUGAAGGAAGUGGCAGAACAUUUCUGGACGAAGCUUCAAUUGUUGAUUUCCUAA